UUCUGGGCAGUAUGUAUAACUGCCUACGGUAUAUCAUCAUAUUUUGUGCACUUUGAAUUACAUAUACGCUUAUCUCAGCUAUCAGAUGAACCCCAAUGCUUCUUCUGGUCUCGCCGCAUACACCUUCAUAAAGAGAGGCCAACACUAGGUAUUAUGCAGGUACGUAAUAGGUUGUAGUGAUGUGUGCCUAAUUUGUGUAUCUAGACGUACCUGCAAGGCGGCCAGGUGCAGGAGGCUUUGUUGCAGUGCAGACGUGCACUUGAUCACAUUCCUAAAGCCCUUGCUACCCCCAUUCCUCCUCAAAACCUGUGGUAGCUCCCGUCCAUGUCGAGCAAACAUUCUAUCUUUCAUUCCCAACGAGGACUCCUACGAUAUAAGUCCCAGCGCCAUGGAGAAAACGAAGCCCGGUUCUUACGAGAAGCGGCUGCAGGAUAUUUCGCUUUCUGACUCCCAAUGGAAAUACGAGGGUCCCUCGUUGAGCGGGCUGCCUAGGCCUGGCUUUCUCAACCAACACGGUUACGUCAAAUCUAUCAGCCUAAUCUCGAGCAGCACAGAUUCACCUGUUGUAACUUCAUAUAUAGUCUUGAGGCUUCAGGAAUUCAAACCCAACAGAGCCACGGAGGGUUUACAUCCCAGUAACCUACUAGUUGUGUCUGUCUCGGACUUCCGUCCGCGAUAUAAUGUCGCUGACGAAAGCGGUGAACAUAAGCCAUGGGCGAGGAAGGAAUCAGCUGGUUACAUAACCAACCUCUUACGUGCAGGUGUUGAGUUACAGGGAGUUCAUUACCACUUUUACGGCUACAGCAAUAGCCAGCUCAAGUCCCGAUCAUGUCUUCUCUUGGCAGACUCAAAGGAGGCAAUAUCAAAACGCAUCGAAUCAUUUGGCGACUUUAGCAAGAUGAAGACUGUAGCUAAGAAGGUGAAGCGCAUUGGUCUACUGUUCUCCGCAGCUGAGGUAGCUACUAAGGUAGACCCCAGCCGUUGUGAGGAUAUUCCAGACGUCGAGGAUGAUAACUACGUAUUCACUGACGGUUGUGGUUUAAUAUCUCCGAGGUUCGCGCAGGAACUCUCGCGCCAAUUGCACUUGACAUUUCGCGACAGACGAUAUACUCCAUCGGUAUACCAGAUUCGAUACAGAGGGUACAAAGGAGUGGUGACCCUAGAUCCCACUAUGAAGAAUCCUCAGACGCUCCUCAAGCUCAGGAAGUCCAUGAAGAAGUUCUCUGGCGGUGAUGACUUGUCUUUCGCCGUAGUCGAGUACUCAAAGCCGUACGUUUAUGGCCAUCUCAACGACGAAGUGGUAAUUCUCCUGCAUGCUCUAGGGAUAUCGGCAGAGACCCUAUUAAGAAAACAAAAUGCACACCUUAGAUUUCUUGACGCGGCCACUAAGGAUCCGCGAGUCGCGUUCAAAUUCCUUUGUUCUAUCAAUAAGUUUGAACUUGCAGAAAAAGUCCUAAUGGAGUCUCUGGAGACUUCUCGACCCGAAAUCACGAAGUUGAUUAAGGAGGAAAAGGGCAAGAUGUUGAACAAGCGAAAAACUCAGAAAUGUCGCAUACUCGUACCCGAGUCCAGGCUACUGUAUGGUGUGUGUGAUGCCUGGGGGGUAUUGAAACCCGGGGAGUGUCACGUCAAGAUCACGACUGAUGAAAACGGUUUGCCUCAAACCCUGAAGAGUGCUCACGUCCUAGUCACACGUAACCCAUGUCUCCAUCCCGGAGAUUUGCAGAAGUUCAAGCUUGUUUAUCGCCCCGAACUAUCGCACCUAGUUGACUGCAUCGUUUUCCCAAUAUGUGGCAGAAGACCUUCAGCAGAUAUGAUGUCUGGGGGAGACCUAGAUGGAGACACAUUCUUCGUCUGUUGGGACAAGGAACUCAUGCCAACGAAACUGUCCAUUCCUGCUGAAUACCCAGCUGGGCGGGAACCACUCAGCUUUAAACCUAUAUCAGAUGAUGACCGUUUGCAGUUCUUUGCUCAAUAUUCUAAUGUCUCUUUAGGACGUGUCAAGAACCUCUACCUGGACUGGGUAAAGAUCAAGGGGGCGAUGGCGCCAGAAUGCCAGGAAUUAAAUCGCCUGUUCUCGCAAUGCGUCGAUGGGAAUCGCAUCAAAGUUCCUCCGAGGUUGGAAAACGUGCCACAGCCAUCCGGCGAUACUCCUCCAUUCAUCCUCGACAUACUGCACAACUCAGCGAUGAGAUCGCUUGAUCGAAUGAGUCAUGAAGAAAGGGAUAUGGAAGGUUACGAUUAUGAUGCGAUGGAGCUACUACUAAACCGCGAUGGGAUUGCCGUCUCAGAAUUUGAGCUCAUCCAGCUAACCACAAAAUGGUGUAGACGAAACGACACACCUUUCUAUGAUCUACUACAGUUUUUCGAUUUCAAUAGCCUCACAGCCGAACAGAAGGCUUGGACCGUAGGCCAGAUCCCGGAUCUACCUCCAGACCUCGGCAUGAAAAACCUGGUCACGAACGCCCUCUGCUCGUCGGAACUAGUAAGCACUCAAGAGCUUAGCGGCUUUUCUCUGGACAAUGCUCGAAUCCAUUGGAAACGUACAUAUUCGUCCCAUGACAGAAUGGCAACGUUCCUUGAGGAAGUUUCUCGAUCGCUGGAGCUGUUCCACCGAAAGUUGAUUAUUCUCCGUGUCGAUGAGAGGCUUACUAUAGCCCUAUAUAUACCGAAGAAGGUCGAGAGAUCACAAGAUUACCUUGUGGAUGAUCAUGUGCGACUAUUUGCCUUCCCGCAUUCACAAGGACCGCAGCUGCAGAGCCGCUUGUGCUGUCCGACUAAGGUCAACUACCGACUAUGUUGUGAUGACAAUUCUUUCCAGCUAUUUGAAGGCAAAAGAGCGAAUACAUGGAUUCACAUUAGGCGGGGAGGGUCGGAUGACAGCUCGUAUCGCAACACAACAAACAUAGGAGACCGACGUCGCCAGCGACAAGAGACUCUUGAUAAUGGUGUAAAUUUCGAUUUCAUAGUUAGUGUUGCUCUCGACAAAUUCAGCAGACCUCUACAACGACACCUUGGGAGAGUCAACAGGAACGGCGUACUUGCAGCUGAGGUUUAUGUGAUUACCAAUCGAGACGUUCAGUCUAUGCAGGCACUUGACCUUUGGCUCAGGCCCUCAAUCUAGCGAAUGAGAAAGAAUGCAUUACCCGUAUCGUCAAUAAGGACCUGUGUGUUCUUACAGAGGUGGAGAGCCUCGAGGAUCUAUCAUACAUAUUCACAUGGCUGUGGGAGCAUAGCGCUAAAAAUUUGCUAUU